GGCCUAACUGUCCAAGAAAAAUGAGAGGAUAUUUUGUUCCUUGUAGAUGAGAAAUGCGUGGAGGCCAAUAAGAUACGUCACAGAGACUAACAACUCAUAAAUUUCCAAUAAGGAUAGGAAGAAAGAAUGUUGCUUUCUUCCCUUUGUCGGAUAAAUGCUUGCCUUUUCACUUUUGGGGGUCCAUUUAGAUAUAUAUGCACAUAUAUAUAUAAAUCUUGAACAUCUUCUUCGCGUGAUUUGGCAACCUAAACUCUCCAAUGGCAAUGGCGGCUUGCACAUCUAUGAGAGCUCUGCAACUCAAACUGAACAAUCUGUCGCCAUUUCUACCUGCCAAUGGCAAGAUUUUUCCAAAUGGGCUUGUGCGUACAGGCUGGAGGAGCCAUUCUAUGUUUCUCAAGGCGGUUCCAGUAAUUCAAAAUGGAGUUCUAAGCUUUAAUGGGACGGAGGCACUUUUGGGUGUGCCUGAUAAUGUUGUCAUCACAGCGGGCUCCGAUUCAUCGGCAUUUUUGGGUGCUAUUUCCACUCAGAGCAGCUCUCGGCAUGUUUUCAAGCUAGGAGUUAUUGAAGACGCGAGAUUGCUAUCGUUGUUUCGGUUUAAAAUCUGGUGGAUGAUACCUCGAGUUGGGAAUUCUGGGAGGGACAUUCCUGUCGAAACACAGAUGUUGCUGCUGGAGGCAAGGGAAGGACCAACUUCUGAAGAGCCUAACCAGGAUGCCAAAUAUGUGCUGUUUUUGCCAAUAUUAGACGGUGAAUUCAGGAGCAGCCUGCAGGGGAACUCAGCUGACGAGCUUGAAGUUUGUGUUGAAACUGGUGAUUCCACAAUAAUUGCAUCAGCGUCUCCCAAGGCAGUUUUUGUGAACUUUGGAGACAACCCAUUCGAACUGAUCAAGGAAUCUAUGAAGAUUCUGCAGAAAUACAGCGGAACAUUUGCUCUUAGAGAGACCAAGCAGAUGCCUGGAAUGCUAGAUUGGUUCGGUUGGUGCACCUGGGAUGCCUUUUACCAAGACGUCAAUCCUCAAGGAAUCAGAGACGGCCUAAAAAGCUUGUCUGAAGGUGGUACUCCAGCAAGGUUUCUAAUAAUUGAUGAUGGUUGGCAAGAUACAACCAAUGAGUUCCAGAAAGAGGGGGAGCCUUUGAUUGAAGGGACACAGUUUGGGGCCAGAUUGAUGAGUAUAAAAGAAAACAGUAAGUUUCGGAAGACAGCAGCUGAUGAUUCAAGCAACACGCCGCAUAGUUUAAAGGACUUUGUUUCAGAUAUAAAGAGCACUUUUGGUCUCAAGUACGUGUACGUAUGGCACGCGUUAAUGGGAUAUUGGGGUGGACUUCAUCCAGAUGCCCCAGGAACUAAGAAGUAUAAUCCCAAACUAAAGUUCCCACUACAAUCACCGGGAAAUCUUGCACAUCAGAGGGACAUAGCAAUGGACUCUAUGGAGGAGUAUGGUGUUGGUACAAUCGAUCCAGACAGAAUAUUUGAGUUUUAUGACGAUCUACACAGAUAUCUUGCGUCACAGGAAGUGGACGGAGUUAAGGUUGAUGUACAGAACUUACCAGAAACAGUAGCCACAGGUUCAGGAGGACGUGUUUCACUUACUAGACAUUUUCAGCAAUCGCUCGAAAAGUCAAUAUCCAAUAAUUUUCAAGAUAAUGGCAUCAUAUGCUGUAUGGCUCAGAACACGGAUUCUGUCUACAACUCAAAAGCAAGUGCAAUCACACGUGCAUCAGAUGAUUAUUACCCCAAGAACCCAACGACGCAGACUCUGCAUAUAGCUGCUGUAGCUUAUAACAGCUUAUUCUUUGGUGAAAUAGUUGUCCCGGAUUGGGACAUGUUCUAUAGCCUCCAUGAUGCAGCUGAGUUUCAUGCAGUUGCUCGAGCUGUUGGAGGCUGUGGCAUCUAUGUAAGUGAUAAACCUGGAAACCACGACUUUGAUAUACUCAAGAGGCUUGUGCUGCCUGAUGGAUCUGUGAUGAGGGCAAGGUAUCCUGGAAGGCCUUCUCGUGAUUGUUUAUUCAACGAUCCAGUUACAGAUGGGAAAAGCCUCAUGAAGAUAUGGAACCUGAACAAACUUACUGGAGUUCUUGCCGUAUUCAAUUGCCAAGGAGCAGGAACUUGGCCUGGUCUGGAGAAUACCGUUCAAAAGAACGACCUUGAGCUGGCUGGAAAGAUAUCCCCAGCAGAUAUCGAGUACCUUUCAGAAAUUUCACCCGAAUCCUGGGAUGGAGAAUUUGCGGUCUUUUCCUUCAAAUCAGGUUCUCUCUCCCGACUCUCAACGCAUGGAAAGCUGAACAUCGGCUUUAAAACCUUACAAUGUGAUGUCUUUACAGUAUCUCCCAUCAAGGUUUAUCAUCAAGAAAUCCAAUUUGCACCCAUUGGACUGAUAAAUAUGUACAACUCCGGAGGGGCCGUUCAUGCAGUUGAGGCCAUCGACGAUUCUUUAUUUCCUGGAAUACGAAUCCAAGGAAGAGGCGAAGGUGUUUUUGGAGCCUAUUCGAGCUCAGAGCCGAAACGUUGCUCUGUGAAUACGACGGAGGCUCAAUUCCAUUUCAACAGUGAACACCAUUUUUUGACAGUUAACGUUCCCACCGGAACGAAUUCUUGGGAAAUUGCUGCUCAUUACUGAGACCCUUCUGUCAUAAAUCUUGUAAACGUAAUUCGAUUUGAAAAUAAUUCACAUUUUUUCUUGUAGAUAAACAUGUGAUGAAUACACCAAAGUCCAAAUGAUCUGUAUCAAGACAAAUUAUCAA